GCGCGUAUCCCGCCAGGGUCGGCCGGCGGCUCCGCUGGGCGCGUCACGGCCCGCAGCCCGGGCUCGAUGGCGAUGAGCUACAACGCCAAGGAUGAGGUGGACGGCGGGCCCCCGUGUGCUCCGGGGGGCUCCGCGAAGACCCCGAGGCCGGACAACACGGCCUUCAAACAGCAACGGCUGCCCGCUUGGCAGCCCAUCCUCACGGCCGGCACCGUGCUGCCCACCUUCUUCGUGAUCGGCCUCAUCUUCAUCCCCAUCGGCAUCGGCAUCUUCGUCACCUCCAACAACAUCUGCGAGAUCGAGAUUGAUUAUACCGGAACAGAGCCUUCCAGUCCCUGCCAUAAAUGUUUGUCUCCAGAAGUGACACCUUGCAUUUGUACCAUCAACUUCACACUGGAAAAGUCAUUUGAGGGCAAUGUGUUUAUGUAUUAUGGACUGUCUAGCUUCUAUCAAAAUCAUCGUCGUUAUGUGAAAUCUCGAGAUGACAGUCAACUCAAUGGAGAUCCUAGUGCAUUGCUUAAUCCUAGUAAGGAAUGUGAGCCUUAUCGAAGAAAUGAAGACAAACCCAUUGCUCCUUGUGGAGCUAUUGCCAACAGCAUGUUUAAUGAUACGUUAGAAUUGUUUCUGCUUGCCAAUGAAUCUGACCCUGUACCUACACUUAUUCCUUUGAAAAAGAAAGGUAUUGCUUGGUGGACAGAUAAAAAUGUGAAAUUCAGAAAUCCUCCUGGAUCAGGAAGCCUGGAAGAACGAUUUAAAGGGACAACAAAGCCAGUAAACUGGCUUAAACCAGUAUACAUGCUAGAUUCUGGUGAAGAUAAUAAUGGAUUCAUAAAUGAGGAUUUUAUGGUUUGGAUGCGUACUGCAGCAUUACCUACUUUUCGUAAGCUAUAUCGUCUUAUAGAACGGAGAAACGAUUUACAUCCAACAUUGCCAGCUGGACGAUACUAUUUGAAUAUCACAUACAAUUACCCUGUCCAUUCUUUUGAUGGUCGAAAACGGAUGAUCUUGACCACUAUUUCAUGGAUGGGAGGAAAAAAUCCAUUUUUGGGGAUUGCUUACAUCACUGUUGGAUCCAUCUCUUUCCUUCUGGGAGUUGUACUGCUAGUAAUUAAUCAUAAAUACAGAAACAGUAGUAAUACUGCUGACAUUACCAUAUAAUUUUAUAUUCUGAAAACAGAUGUAUUGCAUGUGCGUGAGGCCAGUCCUGUUCAACCUAGCUUUUGAAUGCUGAUGUCUGGUUAGUAUGUCAUUUUGAAGUUGGCACAUAAGUUUUCUUUUUUAAAAGAAAAUCUUUGUCCUUUGCUUCUUACCUAGAAUGACUUAACAAAAUAUUGGACGGGUAUUAUAAAAAUUAGCUAUAUUGAUCAUAUCAACACUGUAACUGCUUACAUAGCAUUCUGGUGUUUGCCUUUUAUUGGGACCAGCCACAUGAUGCAUAGAGCCUCUUUCAAGUGAAAUGCGUCUACUGCUUAAAUGUUUAUGCUGUGUUAAUAAUAUUAUAUUGACAUAUGAUGUGUAUAUGUGUGCCCAGUGUGUGAAGAGAAAGGAUUACAAGAUGUAUGAGUGUCAUGACUUGAUAACCUUUCACGAUUCAGAAUUAGGAAACGAUGAAGACAGACCAAAUCUAAAUAAAACACUUCACCAUUUUCUUGUGUCUUGUGUGAAGGCUUAAAGUGCCACCUUUGUAUUCAAAGAUGGUAUCAGUCUAUUCAAUUUAUCCAUUACGUACAGGUUAUUUUGUUGUUGUUGUUAAGCUUAGCUUUGAAUUCAAAGGACAUGCUUGCCUCAUAUGGCCUAGAAAUGAAUGUUUAUGUCUAGGGAGAUGGAAAAGGUCUUGAAUAGAAGAACUUCAUAUGUGGCUGUCGGGAAUCCCAACUCACUUGAAAUGUUUUUAUACCCAGUCCUUUCCCUUGAGGCUUUACACAUUGUAAGGGAAGACAAGAACAUAGGUGAGGUGGGUAUUGCUUGACAGAGUAUCCUCUUCCCUCUCAACUGUAAACCCACAUAAAUGCUCAAUGGCGUCCCAUUCUUGUGUAUUUAACAUUAAGAAAAUCACGUCCGCAUUGGAAAUACCUCAAGCUGUGCUUAACUGGCAGGUAAGUGUUUUUGGCUUAAGUACUAAUAGUGUACACAUUUUUGGAAUUUUAAUUUCCUCUCUAUUCAAUUUUGGCAUACAGGUCAAAUGUGGAUAUGUAUACAUAUUUUCUUUAGUUAAGAUUGUAAUUGUUUUGGUUAGUUUUCCUAAGAUGUACUUUAAACAGAUGUUCUAGAAAUUUCCUACAAAUUGUAGGGAUUUGGAUUAUGUACAUGAUAAAUUAUGAAGUUAUUUUCUACUAACUGGAAUUAUUUUAAUAUCCUUUAUUGAAUAAAUGCUGUAAUUUGUUUGCUA